CCAUUUCUCCCCAUUGUUUCUCACCAAUACUUUCCGUUACAAUUUUCCUUUCCCCUUAUUUUCCUCCAAUCGAAACGUAGAAUUAAUUUCCCCUCCACAGCUAAGAUCCAAACAGAGGGUCAGUUAAAAUACGAAAACCUUUCUUCAUCCCUUCCGGCCAUACGGCAAGCGCGUGCAAAACGAAGAAAAUGGCAAAACGACUCGGCUCGCAGCUCUUCGUUAGCAGGUUAUCGAACUACACCACAAAUCAAAAAUUGGAAAAGUUGUUUUCACCAUUUGGAGUUGUUAAAGAAGCUCGGCUUGUUCUAGACCCAAGAACUCAAAAACCUAAAGGGUUUGGUUUCGUUACCUUUGAUUCUGAGAGCCAGGCACAAAAGGCCUUGAAAGCCAUGGAUGGAAGGUGUUGGAGUCGUCGCAGUGUUAGUCUUUGCAGUACAGUUUCUUUAGGGAGAUGGCAAUGGACUCGACACUCCUGCACCAAAUUAUUUGUUGGAGGGCUUUCUUAUGACACCAAUGAAACUGUUUUGAAGGAUGCGUUUAGACAGCAUGGGGAAAUAAUUGAAGUUCACUUCCGAAUCUGCAGCCUCUAUGGCUUUGAAAGAAAUGAAUGUUUCUGGAUGGUAGACAUGUUCGCGUAUGUUUUGCGCAUAAGGGGUGACAAGAAGGAGCCAUGUAUUUGUGUUUGCCAAAGAUUCAUGUUAGGAGCUUCUUCCACAGCUGGACGCUGGACUUGCAAAAAUAAGAUUAGUUUGUUAGGCAUGUCCGUAGUUUCUUUAGGCCUUGUUUAGUUCAAACUCUCUACUUCCCAGGAAGUUCUUACCCUCAUCCUGAUGGAGUUUUUAAGUUACUUUCCUUGAAUUGAAGGAAGUUGCUUCAUUUACUUCCCAGGAAGUGAGUUAAAAUGGCAACCAAACAAGUUGAAUUUAUUAACUUUCUGUAAGUGAAUUUACCCAAACAAACAAGGCCUUAGUUUAAUUUUAUGAGAAAUUUAUUUGAUUUAACUAAACCUUGUUUGGUUGGGGUAAGUUCACUAGGGAACUUUAACUUCCCAAGAAGUUGACAAAUUUAACUUGUUUGGUUGCCAUUUUAACUCACUUACCUCUAUGGGCUAAGUUACUUCCUAGGAAGUGAACUUCCUAGAAAAUGGAGAGUUUGAACCAAAUACGGCAGUUUCAACUGAGAUUUGCUUGCUUUAAGAAGAUUAAUUUGUUUGAUUAAUUAUGAUUCAUAAUAAUGAACUCGAAGUAACAAUUGAUUUGCUGUUCA